AUGCGAAUCUUCAAUGGCCUUUGCUUUGCUGUUCUAGCGCAGCGGCUGCUGGCAUUGGUUCCUUCUGAACAUCCGGUGAAGGGCGGCGACGUUUGCUUGGGUGGUAGCCAAUAUUCCAAUGCCACACCAUCCCUGCGGUUCUGCAACUGCCAGGGCGGGCUUGGAUGCCCAUCACAGGUGUUGUUGAAGCUUUUUGGUGUAGCCGCUGGUCCGGAACCUUGGAUGCAUGCGAACAGCAUGGAGAUCAACGUUUCAGAGGAGCUGUGGUCUUCCCGUCGCUUUCACAACCAGGAGGACACAUCCGAGUUUUCGGAGACGAGUGGUGUGUCGUCGUAUCUGCUCAUCUCGGAAGGUAUGGGUCUUGGAACCUUUGCGUCCGGGGUUUAUGCUGCUCUCUCUGGCUAUGUUGGCGAAUCUGGAGCCUACCCCCUGAACCUGAUGCAUUUCGUGUCGAGCUCACGCGGGACAGGGUUCCAAACUUCAGAGAUUUCUGAAAUUCACACCUGCAACAACUACGACGAGAGACCUCCUGCUGCUGCCGGCGACGAUGCUGAGGCUUCUGACGGCAGUGAUGACGGUGGUGAUGGGCCUGACAUUGAAACCGAUGUCAAUACCACGACCACAUCUCCCACGCUUUACCAGCCCCCAACGGAGGUGUUUUGUGGCCGGGAGCUUGCAACCAGCCCCAGCAGGGUGAAACUGAACAUCUACGGAUAUACCUGGGGGAGCAAGUGGGCAACUGACACCAGUGGCCAGGAGUAUUUCUUCUACCGCGUGCGCCUUUGCUUUAGCAGGAUCCAAGACUGGUACAUCAAUCAAGCACGCCGUGGGGAAGGCAUACUGGGGACAGGGCAGGAAGUGGAGGUCUUGGAUUUUCAGCAGGAGGGUGGUGGAACCUUCGGCUAUUGGUUUCCAAAGUUCUACUGGACAGGCAACCACUUGAACUGCACCUUCGCGGAUCUUCUCUGGGACCUCCCGAAAUGGGCUUGCCCCAUGGGCCAGUUCGGAGCUGUCCACGUCACCGCGAGCCAUGCAGGCUGUUUGGACCUUGGCGAUGAGUGUUUGCUUCUCUGUUGUCGUCGAUGGAGAAAAGGCAACGAAGAGUGUCCGAGGCUUCAAUAUAGGAAAUCUGGACGAAGGAACUUGAAGGAACUAAAGUUUUAG